GAGAGAUUGUGGUGCAAUAGGUAUUGUUCUUGCCUAGCUCUCUGAGCAGCUAUUGUUAUCAUGUCUUCAGAAGAGAGUCCUCUCCUGCAUUCGGAGAACCAGGAGCGAGAUGAACGACGCGUUGCACAUCUGGCAUUGUACAGUCGUUUCAGCGAAUCACAAAAACGAACUAUCCUUUCCGUCGUAUCCUUGGCUGGCCUGCUACCAUUAUUCGUAGCUGGAUCAUUUAUUCCAUCGAUUCCUCAAAUAGCCCGCGACUUGAAUUCAACUGGUGCCAUAGUCAGUCUGGCAGUAAGCCUAUCAAUAUUUUCCACCGCCAUUGGGAGCUUGUUCUGGGCUUCCAACUCUACAUUUUAUGGUCGUCGGCCUAUUUAUUUGUAUGGACUGCCUUUAUUAUGCAUUGGGAGUGUUGGAGUAGCAGUGUCAUCGACAUUAAAAAACCUUCUCUUUUGGCGUGUCGUGCAGGCUUUUGGUUCUUCGGGUGGCCUGUCCUUGGGAUCCGGCGUUAUUGGUGAUAUAUAUCAACUUGAGGAGCGCGGGACUGCAAUGGGCAUAUUUUUCGGGGCCUGUCUCCUCGGACCUGCAUUGGCACCUCUCGCUGGAGGUACCGCUGCUGAAUAUGCAUCGUGGCGGACGAUGCAGCUCAUACUGGGAGUCUGGGGUUUGAUUGAAAUCCUUUUGGUGUUCCUGUUUCUCCCAGAGACUAGUCAUCCUGGUACCAGAGGGAAGGACAAGAUCCCAGAAUCUGAGAGAGGACGAUUCAAGCUCGUCAAUCCACUCGACAGCCUGUGGUUGUUGCGCAGCCCAAAUUUACUGGCCAUUUCUAUAGCUAGUGGUCUGGUUUUGCUGACAGAUUUUGUUCUGCUCGUCCCCUUGGCAUAUACAAUUGGCGUACGCUAUCAUAUAGAAAAUCAAGCUCUAAUCGGUGCCUGCUUCCUCUCUUGUGGUUUGGGGAAUUUAAUUGGUGCCCCACUGGCUGGACGUCUUUCUGAUAAAAUUAUCAAGGUGUGGAAAAUACGACGCAAGGGUGAAUGGGUACCCGAGGACAGACUCAGGGCGGCUUGGGUGGGCGCGCUCUACUUGGUUCCGCUCUCCGUUUUAUUUUCUGGCCUUAUCACCACGUACGUAGACGGACCUCUUGGCCUGACGCUUAGUAUGGUCUGUCUCUUCUUCCAUGGAUUGGGGGUAAAGCAAGCUCAAAUACCAGCGCUUUACAUCCUUAUUAACUAACACUUGCAUAGGUUGACAGUGUUCUGACACCAUGCGCCGCUUAUGCGGUCGAUAUCUUGCAUUCCCGCAGUGCUGAAAUUCAAGCUACGUAUAGUGCUUUACGGUCCCUCAUCACGGCGCUUGCGGCCGCAAUGGUUCUACCGUCUAUCGAUCUUAUUGGCUUGGUGGCUACGAAUACCAUUGCUGCAGUCCUGGGAUGGGUUGCAUUUGGUCUUCUUUGGAUGACGAUUCGUUACGGAGAUAGAAUGAGAGCUUGGAUAGAUGUUGGAUUCUCUACCAUUAACGAUAACUAGACAUAUGCACCAUCAAAUGGAAUCUGGUGUGUAUCACGAUAGAUGCCACUUGCGUCUAGGCGAAUGUUAGAUCGCAGGUUACAUGAUACGUGACAAUCAAAAUACCAUUGAUAUUGUUA